CCCUUAUGCUUUAAGUCCUUAAUGUUGUGAUCACUGGAGCUAGUUGAUGUUUACGUCGUCUUUGCCUUGACUGACGUGAAACGAGUGUUUUCUGCUUUUCUUCGUUAGCUAGCUGGUGUAGCUAGCUCGGUUCAUUCGGGAGGGAGGCUUGGAAGUUAUCGCAGGCGAAUUGCCUUUCAUUGUCGCCAACAUACUUAGCUAGUCUGGCUUGCUAGCUAGCUGUUUGUCACCAUCAGACAAGUUUUUAGGUCGAUGCCCAUAAGCCAAAUGGCAGUUUAAGAGAACAUAGCGACGAAGUUCAGCGUUAUAAUGAGCUGUGGAGAGAAAUUGAUGGAGAAAAUUCAGGACCUCAGCCAAUCAGAGCUGCAGGAUCUACUUGAUGAUGCCGGGAAGGUUGAGUCUCUAGUACAGGAGUCUGAUGAGGUGCAGACGGCCCAGCUGGACCGGGAGAUGACCCUGGCCUCCAACCGCAGCCUGGCCGAGCAGAACCUCACGCUCAAGCCCCGGCUGGAGAGCCAGAGAGACCAACUGGUGGAGAGAUACUCCCAGCUGGAGGGAGUGAGAGAGACCUACCGACAGCACUGUACUCAGAGAGAUGGCAUCAUGGGACAGGUGGCUCCAGAGGGGCUGUUGUCCCGGUUGCAGACAGCAGGUGGCAGCACUGAGGCAGAAUCGGAGGCGCUGGCGGAGCAGUUCCUGGACGGCUCCCUGUCCCUGGACUCCUUCCUGGAGCACUUCCUGUCCCUGCGCUCCCUGGCGCACAGGCGGCGCGUGCGGAUCGAGAAGCUGCAGGACGCGCUGCGGCACAAGGGCGGGGCCGACGCCGCGACCUCGCCGCCCUCCGCCGCCGCCGCCGCCCCCGAGCCGGCCGCCGCGUCGCCGUGGCAACAGCCGCACCACCAGCCGCGCGCGGACCAGCCGCAGAGCGCGGACGCGCCGCCCGACCACGGCGGCUUCCCCAGCGCGUCCCCGUCCGCCGCAGGCCACCCGCUGCCUUACACGCCGUACCCCGUCUCCCCCCCCAACCCUCCGCCCGCGGCCUCGGCCUCAGGCCCCGGCAAUCCCCAGGCUCCGUUUCAGCCCUACCCCGGCCAGGGCUUCACUUCGGCCCCCGGCUUCCCCGCUCCGGGCCCAGGCUUCUCGGCCCACGCGGGGUUCAGCCCCGGCGCCUGCCCCUACCCCAUCCAGCCCGCCUUCCCCGGCCCGCCCCGCUCACAGUUCCGGCCCUACAGCUCGCCCAACGCCCCCUACCCCUCCCCGCACCCCUUCCCUGGGUAUAACUACCCCCCUGGCCCCGGGGUGCCCCCCUCUCUACCCCCCUCAGGGAGGCCGCUCUACCGGCCUGGGUUUGGGGUACCGCAGUCCUACUCAUAGACCCUCACACUAAUCACUCCUGUGUUUCAAUCCUGCUCCUCAUAUCCACCUUUCUUUUUUGCUUUUCUUCUCUUGGCUGCAUCAGGAUUGGUUGGUGGGGCUGCCUGUUGCUCUCACGAUGCAUGCGUGGGCUUUGACCCCAUAAUGCAUUUCCUGCACAUCCCAUAAUAACAACAGGCUGACAGAUGCAGCAGGAUAACUAAAAGCCAUAAGUAUAAUCGUAGCGAUGGCUAUAAAGCUCACUCAUGAGAAGGUUUUUUUUUUUUUUUUUUUUUUUUUUUUAAAUAUAUAAAUAAACCCCUCCCCUGCCAUUGGCACAUCUGCCAAGCCGAUCAUACCUUUCUGCUUCACACUAACUCCGCCUUGGCCAGCGCAUCAUUGUAACGCCUGGCCAUAAUUGGUCAAGAUGUUUCUUUUAAUCAUUUGGAAAAACCAUCUCACCAAAAUGGCGUGGAAGCUGAUCCCAGCAGCCGGCGUCCUUGUGUGAAACCCUUUAGUCACAGCUGCGUCAGGAUCGGGUCCCUUAUCAAACCCAAAAAUAAGGAAAUAAUUUGGCACCUCUCUAUUCUCUUGUUUUUAUUUUAUUUUAUUUUUUUUAAAGAAAUAAAUAAUAAAAAUAAAGAUUCACAAAAGGGGCAGAAAUAAAAAUGGUGGGUUCAGUGUGCCUCCUGUGGUCAUGGGCCCUGGUGCUGAGUGUGCUUAUGGGUGUGGUUGUGUGGUUGUGUCGUUCGUGGAAACGGGGGAGUUUGUAUGCGACUCUGGCUAUGGCAGCUUUUCUGCGUGUGCUUAGCCCACCACCAUGCUCCGCCCAUCCUCUCCUCUCCUCUCCUCUCCUCUCCUCUCCUCUCCUCUCCUCUCCUCUCCUCUCCUCUCCUCUCCUCUCACAGCACUGUUACACCCUCAGCCAUGAUGCACAUUUUCAUUUUUUACAUGCAAGAGGUUUGUCUAUAGUCACUUGCCCCGCCUUUCUCUCCCUCUCUUUCUGUCCCCUGUGUGUGUGCGUGUGUGUGUGCGUGUGUGCGUGCGCGUUCGUGCGUGCGUGUAUAAAUUAACUAUACAGGAGCAUUCUCUGUAAAUUGUAUAAAAGGCAAUUAAUAGCAUUGACAAGUUAAUAAGGGGAACUAGGCGUCUCUCUCUCUCUCUCUCUCUCUCUCUCUCACACUCUAUCUCUCUAUCUUUCUCUCUCUGUAGAUACAGUGAUGUGACUGGUCUGGGCAGCCUUGGGGGUGGGGGUGGGGG